AUGAACGAUGGUGCCCCAUGCAGGUCUAGGAUUGGGCGGAUUAAAAUGGAACAAGAAAUGGAAGCGAUCCUCAAGGAGCUGGACCAGCAGAUGCCCAGUGUCACGUUCAGGGAAGUGAAAACCACCACAAGCGCUAAGAACAGCAAGGCCACCCUACUCAGUCGCAAGGACUCUUACUGCCUUGGAGACCACUUGAUGGUUCGACUGGACAUGUACGAUCAUUUGGGGAAGAGGAAGGAGUAUGGAGGGGACUUCCUCAGAGCCAGGGUCUAUUCAUCCGGUCUUAAAGCUGGGGCUUCUGGACAUGUAGAAGACUACCGGAAUGGGACAUACCUGGUCAAUUUUACCCUAUUUUGGGAGGGGGACGUCAAAGUUUCCAUCUUGCUCAUCCACCCCAGUGAAGGAGUUUCUGCCAUGUGGGCAGCCAGAAAGAAGGGGUAUGAAAAAAUAGCCUUCACUGGCAAAUUUCUCAAUGGAACCUCAGACGUCUUCACCGAAUGUGGCUUUAACGUCACCACCAAGGCAGAGCUGUGUGAGUAUCUCGUUGAGAGAGACCAAGAGGCUUUCUACUGUGUUAAACCGAAGCACGUGCCGUGUGAAGCUUUCACCUACCAGAGGUCCAACAACAAACCAGUGUCCUACCUCACGGCCUUGGAAAAGAGUCUUUUCAACAGGUCCAACAUUGGUGUUGAGAUCCCUCAGAUGUUUGGGGCCAUUCGUGUGGUACCCUGCCAAAGCAACGUGACAACUCCCAGAGGGAAAUGCACCCUUAGGAUGAGCUCCCCGACUCCUAGCGGCUUUAUGUGGCAGAGCCGAUGGCACCUGGUUUCCUGCACCAUGUCCAGGCUCCACACCUUGAAUCAGAUCAACGCUUGCUUGAAAGGAAAGCUGAUUUACUUCAUGGGAGAUUCAACUCUGCGCCAGUGGAUGGAGUAUCUCACCAUGACAGUGAGAACCCUAAAGCGCUUUGACAUGCAUGGCCAUGGGAAGCUCCAGAACUUGUUUGCUGUGGAUACUGCCAGAAACAUUCAGAUCCAAUGGAAAAAGCACGGCCAUCCCAUCAUCACUGUCUAUGAUUACACAGUGAAAGAUCACAGGUACGUUCCUCAGGACCUUGACAUGGUGGCAGGCGACCGAGACACGGCUGUUGUCAUUUCUCUGGGCCAUCACUUCCGCCCCUUCCCCAUGGAGCUUUUCCUUCGACGGAUGCUAAACGUUCGGGCAGCCGUCCAGCGCCUCCUCCUGAGGAGCCCGGACACAAAGGUCCUCAUUAAAGCAGAGAACAUCCGGGAGAUGGAUGCAGACCCAGAGCGAUUCAGUGACAUCCAUGGCUACACCCAAUACCUGGCCCUGAGGGUCAUUUUUCAGGAUCUCCGAGUGGGUUUUAUUGAUUCCUGGGACAUGAGUAUUGCCUAUGCCGUAAACAGUAUCCAUCCAGCAGUGGAAGUGGUUGAGAAUCAAAUUAAUAUGUUUUUUACAUAUAUAUGUUAA